CCACCAUAAGGAAGGUUAGUACUGCUUAGGAAAGAGUAAAUACAGAAACGGAUUAGAGAGAGAGAGAGAGUCUGGGAUUUUCAUUCCAUCGUGCUUUCCUUUCGCUUUCACUUUUGGUGUUCUCUUCGCAGCACCGGCAGAAGAACUCCCAUUCUCUCUUUCUGUUUCCCAAGUUCUUUCUUUUUUUUCUGCUGAAGAAAUUUCGCUAAUUGAGAUAUGGAGUAGGAGCAGUUAUUUGGUUACAGUUUUGCAGGGAUUUUACUGGAGCAGUGAAUAAUGUUGCUUUGAUCCUCUUACAGAACUGGAGUUGUUGGACUAGAGGUUAAAGAUGAAUGGCAAUAGGCCAAUGGAGGUACAUUACAUAGACACGGGUUUUCCUUACACUGUUACCGAAAGCUUUAUGGACUUUUUUGAAGGUUUAGCGCACGUCCCCCCUAAUUAUCAUCAACCCCAAGCUCUAUAUGAUCAGGAAAAUGUGUACUGGUCAAUGAACAUGAAUGCAUACAAAUAUGGAUUUUCCAGCCAGGAGGGUACUUAUUAUUACGGUCAUUAUGAGGUAAAUGAUCAUGUGCCAAGAACAGAUGUCAACAGAAGGGCCUGGGAUUACCCUUCAACAGUGAAUACUGAAGAGGCCGCAACUACAGACACACAAUACAGAGGAGAAGCAGGCUUGGAUGUGCAUGCUACACCUGAAGAAUGUAUUCCAAAUCAUGAAAAUAAUACUAGUUCUCAGGUCGUUUGGCAAGACAAUGUUGAUCCAGAUAACAUGACCUAUGAGGAAUUACUUGACUUAGGUGAGGCAGUUGGAACUCAAAGUCGAGGACUUUCCCAGGAACUUAUUGAUUUGCUACCCACUUCCAAAUGCAAGUCUGGAGGCUUCUUCUCCAGAAAAAAGUCCAAGGAGAGUUGUGUGAUAUGCCAGAUGAGGUACAAAAAAGGAGAUGGGCAAAUAAAAUUGCCAUGCUUGCAUGUUUACCACUCUGAAUGCAUCAGCAAAUGGCUUGGCAUCAACAAGAUUUGCCCAAUUUGCAACAAAGAGGUAUUCGUGGAGGAAUCAAAGCACUGAACAAUUCCAAACUCCAGAGUCCAGAGUGCAUCUAUUUUGGGCUGUUGUUGGUUGGUUUAUCAUCUAAUUUCCCCAUCUGUAAACAUAGGGCUAGUGAAUGACUAUAUGAGUCAUUUUUCAUAUAAAUUUUGUUUGGUAGAAAAACAUGGCACUUCAAUUUCUAUAGAAGUCUCCUGUUUCUACACUC